AUGCUUCCUGAUAAAGUGAAAGGCGAGAUGAUGGAUCUCCAGCAUGGCCUUGCCUUCGCGGGUCGGUGUGUCGUCGAUGCUGGUACCGACUACUCGGUCACGGCUGGGUCAAAAUUAUGCAUCAUCACAGCCGGGGCUCGUCAAAAGGAAGGAGAAUCACGUCUGUCACUUGUGCAGAGAAACGUGGACAUUUUUAAGGGAAUCGUUCCGAAACUCGUUCAACACUCUCCAGAUACCCUGAUCAUGGUGGUGUCUAAUCCAGUUGAUGUGCUCACAUAUGUGACAUGGAAGCUGUCCGGUCUACCAAAGGAGCGCGUCUUUGGCUCCGGUACCAAUCUCGAUUCAGCAAGAUUCCGCUUCAUGUUGUCGGAAAAACUGAAGAUCGCUCCGUCUUCUUGUCACGGGUGGAUCAUCGGAGAGCAUGGCGAUUCCAGCGGUAACGUUUCAACAUUUGAAGUGAACUCUUAA